CCAAAAGUCUGGGAAGCUGGAUAAGCUAAGGAGCUGCAUUUGAUCUCUCAAGACAAGGAACCAAGGCAGGGGGAAAAAAGAGUCAGGUUCAUAAUGCAGUUCAACCCCUACGCCAUCUUUGGUCUACUACUUAGCUUGCUUUUAUCCACUCCCCUCCAAAGCAAACACACCACGAAGAUGAUAUCUUCUGCUCCAGGUUCUGUCAUUAAUACCACCAUGCCAUUGGACAUCAACCGUACCAUAUCUACUCCUGGCCUGGUCAGCACAGCCACCACACAACCGGCCUAUGAGAGCACCGCAAAUACAACAGGGCAUGUUGGAAAGUCUACUGUAACCCUGGCCAUCAAUGCUACAACCACAGCAAGCGCUGUCAACAAUGCCACUGCAUCACCGGCUCGCAACACCACUGCACUGUUGGUCAACAACAGCACCACAUCUACUGCUGGCACCAUCACACCUCCAGCCAAGAAUGUUACGGCAUCACCAGCCAACAACAGCACUAUACCGCUAAAAAGCGAAACCACCACAUCGACUUCUAGUCCGAUGAACACCACCACUACAUUACCGGUCAGCAAAGCCACAAUACCAUCCAGCCCAGGCAUGAACGGCACCAGGUCUACUCCUCGCUUAACCAGUAACACUACAAGCACUACUACUAGAACGCCCAAUGCUGGUGUGUCCGUUGCUAAAACCACCGGGAACAGAAGCAUUGCAAGAUCAGUACCUUCAUUUGUUGCACUCACAUUACUUGUCAUGGCAGUGCUUUGCUCAUAAGAAAACAUUUCCCCAUUGCACACUGCCAUUCUCUUUCCUCUUCACUGCUGACCAACCCCCAUUAUUUCUUUGAUAAGCUCUACUGUAUUGUUGCAAUAACUUACCAAGAUGCCAGUCUUUAAGAGAACAAUCACCUGAAUUCACAUCCAAAUCAGAAUUCAAAUGAUCAUCAUAUCCAAAUCCAGACAUUAGACUCGUCAUAUAAGAAUGGAGAAGAUGGGUUGUUUGAAUAGACGAACAGCAGCUCACCUACAGCCACAGUUUUCAAUAUAUCGAAUGGUCCUUUCAUAAAGAGAUACUAGCAAAUGGUCCCUUAUUCCUAGAUGGGGUAGGACAAUGUCCACUAGCUUAAACUAUUUUUGAUACUAAUGGCUAUGUCUUAAAACCUGUGAAAGUUGUUGUUGUUACAUCUCCCAGAAUCCCACAACAAAAAAGUCCCCAGCCUUGCAGUCUCUGGACUCUGGGAGAUGUAGUACCAAAAAGUAUCACUGCCAUGUUUGGUCAAAGCUGGCUCGGGCAUCACAAUACUUCGUUGCUGUUGUGCGCUUUCAAGGUUGCUUCCAAUUUAUGGCAACCAUAGGGUUUUCUUGGGAUUUGCUCAGAGGAGGUUUCCCAAUGCCUUCCUCUGAAGCUAAGAGAGUGUGACUUGCAUAAGGUCACCUCCGCCAAAAAAGACAAGAGCAAAGAUCCAGACUGCCCUCGAUAACUGGAGACCGAAGCUGUCUAUAUAUGAGCAAUUAGUCUUUUUAAGCUUACAUGUGCUACUUGGGGAGUAGAGGGAAUGGAGUCAUAUUUAAAAUCACACCUAAAGGCCUGUUACAGACAGCCAAAAUAAAGCC